AUGAGGCCGCGCUCGGGCGGGCGCCCAGGGGCCCCGGGCUGCCUCCUCCUCCUCCUCCUCCGUCUCUUCCACCACCUCCGCCCCGGCCCCGGCGUCCGGCGUCUACCGCCGCCUCCACCUCCACCGUUGCCGUUGCUGCUCGGGUUACUGCUGGCGGCCUCCGGGCCCGGCUCGGCGCGGGCCAAGGAGACGGCGUUCGUGGAGGUGGUGCUGUUCGAGUCGAGCCCGAGCGGAGACUACACCACCCACACCACCGGACUCACGGGCCGCUUCUCCAGGGCCGGGGCCAUGCUCAGCGCCGAAGGCGAGAUCGUGCAGAUGCACCCGCUGGGCCUGUGUAACAGCAACGAUGAAGAGGACCUGUAUGAGUAUGGCUGGGUGGGCGUGGUGAAGCUGGAGCGGCCGGGGCUGGACCCCAAACCAUGCCUCACGGUCCUGGGCAAGGCCAAGCGAGCAGUACAGCGAGGAGCCACUGCCGUCAUCUUUGAUGUGUCUGAAAACCCCGAAGCCAUCGACCAGCUGAACCAAGGCUCAGAAGACCCGCUGAAGAGGCCAGUGGUAUAUGUAAAGGGAGCAGACGCCAUCAAGCUGAUGAACAUUGUCAACAAGCAGAAAGUGGCUCGAGCAAGGAUCCAGCACCUCCCUCCUCGACAGCCCACCGAGUACUUUGACAUGGGCAUCUUCCUGGCCUUCUUCGUUGUGGUCUCCUUGGUCUGCUUCAUCCUCCUGGUCAAAAUCAAGCUGAAGCAGCGGCGAAGUCAGAAUUCCAUGAACAGGCUAGCCGUGCAGGCUCUGGAGAAGAUGGAAACCAGAAAGUUCAACUCCAAGAGCAAGGGACGCCGGGAAGGGAGCUGCGGGGCCCUGGACACACUCAGCAGUAGCUCCACGUCUGACUGUGCCAUUUGCCUGGAGAAGUACGUCGAUGGAGAGGAGCUCCGGGUCAUCCCCUGUACUCACCGGUUCCACCGGAAGUGUGUGGACCCCUGGCUGCUGCAGCACCACACGUGCCCCCACUGUCGGCACAACAUCAUAGAGCAAAAGGGAAACUCAGGCACCGUGUGUGUGGAGACCAGUAGCCUCGCACGAGGUCGGCAACAGAGGGUGACCCUGCCAGUACAUUACCCGGGCCGUGUGCACAGGACCAAUGCCAUCCCAGCCUACCCGACCAGGACGAGCAUGGACGCACACGGGAACGCCGUCACACUGCUGACCAUGGACCGGCAUGCGGAUCAGAGCCUCUACUCCCCACAGACGCCUGCCUACAUCCGCGGCUACCCGCCCCUGCACCUGGACCACGCCCUGGCGCCGCACCGCUGCGGCCUGGAACACCGGGCCUACUCGCCAGCCCACCCCUUCCGCAGGCCCAAGUUCAAUGGCCGCAGCUUCUCCAAGGCAGCUUGCUUCUCCCAGUAUGAAACCAUGUACCAACACUACUACUUCCAGGGCCUCAGUUACCCAGAGCAGGAGGGCCAGCCAGUGCCCGGCCUCCCACCCCGGGGCCCAUCCCGUGCCUUCCCACCUAACGGUGGCAGCAGCCUGCUCUUCCCCACCGUGGUGCACAUGGCCCCGCCCUCCCACCUGGAGAGUGGCAGCACGUCCAGCUGCAGCUGCUACCACGGCCACCGCUCGGUGGGCAGCGGCUACCUGGCUGACUGCCCGGGCAGCGACAGCAGCAGCAGCAGCUCUGGCCAGUGCCGCUGUUCCUCCAGUGACUCCGUGGUAGACUGCACAGAGGUCAGCAACCAGGGCGUGUAUGGGAGCUGCUCCACGUUCCGCAGCUCCCUCAGCAGUGACUACGACCCCUUCAUUUACCGCAGCCGGAGCCCCUGCCGCACCAGUGAGGCGGGCCGCUCGGGCCGCGGCCCUGCCGUGGACCCCGAGGGCUCCCCGCCACCAGAGGAGCCCCCUGCGGCACACAGUCACUGCGCUGGGCAGGGAGAGCCGUGGCAGGGCCCUGCCUCUCCCUCGGGGGAACAGCUGUCCACGUGCAGCCUGGAGAUGAGCUACAGCAGCAACUCCUCGCUGGAACACAGAGGGCCCAAUAGCUCUACCUCAGAAGUGGGGCUCGAGGUUUCCCCUGGGGCCACCUUGGACCUCAGGAGGACCUGGAAAGGGGACCCAGAGGGGCCAUCGUGUGCCUGCUGCUAUGAGCCUCAGCCCUCCACACUGGGGCCCGGGGCAGGAGCAGUCGGGGGUGGCAGCGCCUUGUUCCUGGGUCCCCUGCUCCUUGAGGGCUGCAGCCCUACAGGUGGGGAGCCCCAACCAGGGAGCUCCCAGAGCCUGUAUGGUCUCCACCCAGACCAUUUGCCAAGGACAGAUGGGAUGAAAUAUGAGGGCCUGCCCUGCUGCUUCUAUGAAGAGAAGCAGGUGGCCCACGGAGGGGGCGGCGGCGGGGGCUGUCACGCCGAGGACUACUCAGUGAGCGUGCAGUACACACUCGCCGAGGAGCCCCCGCCCAGCCUCUGCGCGGGGGCCCGGGACCUGAGCCAGCGUAUCCCCAUCAUUCCAGAGGACGUGGACUGUGAUGUGGGCCCAGCUCCAGACUGCCACAGCCCCUGGGGUGGGCCGUUGGGCCUGGAUGCCCCACAGCCCCACUGGGGCCUGGGGACAGCACAGGAAGAGGAGCGGGCUCCAUGCUACCAGGCAGAGGUACCACUGCAAACUGGCUGCCCUCCAGAGGAGGCUGGUGCCAUCAAGGCUAGCCUCCCCAGUGCCCCCCAGGACACUCAGGAGUCCCCUGCCCCAGCCACUGAGGCUGCAGGACCAGGAUCUCGCCCAGGCAGCGGUACGGGAGCUUGAGCUCAGAAAGAACUCUUACCUGGAAAUCGGGAACUGUACGGAGACUCCAAACCCUGACUUCCUUCAAAAUACAGAACAACAGCAGGAAAAAAAAAUUUUUUUUUAGCUUUUGACAUACACAAAAGUGGUAAUAAAGAGAGCCCUCCUCGCCCCAAAAUGUGAGCCACCUGUGGUACCUGCCCCACCCCCCCUCAGCAAACCAACAGACGACAUCUUUUGAGUCCUUUGCCUCUAGAUAAUAUGUUACUCUGUUUUGUAAAGUGUGUGCUUGGGGUUCUGAGGUGUGUGGGAUUGAGUUCUCUGCUUUGUUUUUUUAAGACAUUAUAUGUAAAUGUAAAAAGUUAUUUAUAUAUUUUAAAAAGAAAACCCUAACCACCAACUUUUGUUGAAAAAGGAAAAAAAAAAAAUCACUGCUGCAUUAAAUGAACCACGUCAUGUGUCAAUACUGUCGCCUCCCUGGAGGGACCUCAGGCCUUUGUAAAGCUCAGGGCUUCACCUGCCUUAGGAGAUGAACCAGAAACUUGAAGCUAGUUGAUAUGGGUACACGCGCCGAGGGACAUGCAAAGCUGCCUCCUUUCUCAUGACAAGGUUGGAUGUACAGGGCCACGCCGCCCCUGCCCGCACCUGUAGGCAGGUGAUGGGAAUGGCCAGGAACAGGCGGAAAAGUCCGCAGCACUGGGGAACUGGAGUCAAGCCAUCGAUUGCCACCAAAGCCCGGGGGUGGGGGACGAUUCCUGCUCCGUAUCCUCUGUCCCUUUGGGUCAUCCCGAGUAAAGCAAGAGUUCUUGGUCCAGCAGCAGUGUUCCCAGGCUCCUGUACCUGAACUCUGACCCCUGGGGUAGGAAGAAGAAACGUCCCCGUCACCCCCAAGUGGUCUGACUUUGCACCUGUUUUGAACUUCCUGCCACUGGGUACAGGGAUGCUGGGUUGGGGGAGGGGGGCAGACACCCAGGAAGAAUGUAGUUCUGUGGCCUUGGCUUCCAGUGGGGUUGGAGAACAGCGCUCUCCACUCACCCAGCAGUGCCCCUCCCCUGCCUUGCAGAAAGGCAGGGGCCUGCUGAGCUCAUGUGUCUGCGGGGGGGCAGCCAUGCCCCCUUCCCCCGCCCCCUGCUGCUUCCUUGGCCUGUCUUCCUGGGGACACCUGCUUGACCCCGUGGAGUUGUGCACUGAGCUCUGAGCUCCAUCCGAAGGGAUUUCUCCCCACCCUGUCCCCCUGCCCGGCCAGCACCGCUUCAGGGUCAGUCAGCCCUCUGCCUGGAGCUGACCUCACUCUCGCCCACACAUGUGCACUAGCCCGUCUGCCUGAUGCACUAUCCUAUUACAUACUGUUAACCUCCAUGAGGCAGACUACCAGAUAGUUUAGACCCAACCAGUAGGCUUUUGUGUAUUUUUCCAGCCUUUUUCUUUUAAGGGAGCGGGAGAGUUUUUGCUUUGUUUUUUUUAAAGAAGUUUCAUUUUUAAAAGGGAGAAUCUAUUUAAAAUUACUUCAGGGAAUGUCAUCCUUUUUGUUCGAUGUAGUCCUUGUUCUUUAAAAACAAAAAAAGGAAAUAAUCAGACUAGCCCUGUGAUCACUAACUCUUCUGGUCACGUUUAUUCCUUUACUUAGCAGGAUGCCUAUUGCCAUUAGAGAGCGUUCAGCCCAUUGGGUGUAAAAAAAAAAACCAUUUGUAGACCGGGAACUUUGGGCCCAUCAUGAGUUACCAGGCGAUAACCCUUCUUGGGUCAGGCUCCUAGGAAGUCAGCCCAAGGUCCACACUGGACAGAAUACUUUGGGUUCUUUUUUUUUUUUUUAAUUCCAGCCCCUGAGGGGAUUUGCUUAUCUCUAGCCAAGAAUCCACAGAAGAAAACCCCAGUAUCAAAGGAUCCAGCCAUUUGUCAUUUAGGAAGUUGCUGUGGCCUCUGGGAUAUAGUCCCUUAGGGACUUCCCCCCACCCACCCCCCUCCCGGCUGUCCCCAGCACACCUGUUGGUGAGGGUGGGAGAAGGGCCUAAGCCGUUGCUAUGUGAUCAGGGUUGCCUGUAGUUCCAGGGCCAGGAGUGGCAGCUGCGAAGGACUAUCGCCUGCAUUGCUUGGUUCAGGAAAGGCAGGGAUACGGCUUUUAACAUGAGCUGCCAGACGCAGAGAUGUUUAUUGUUACUGCUUUCGUUUUUAUUUAUUUAUAUAUUUUUUUGCGCAUAUACUCUUGGUCUGAAACCAGGAACCCCCGCCCCCAAAAAAAGCGUCUUUGUUUUGCUCUGGCUCGAAAACCACUUCUCAAGCAUGCCUUAAGUAGUAAACAGAGAUCUGACUGCCCCUGGCCUAGUUAGAAUAAAUACUUCCAGCUUUCAUUUGAAAGAACGAUAACUUCAGAUGGCAGAAGAAGCACAUUUAGGGCUGGAGAGAUGGCUCAGCAGUUAAGGCAUUUACCUGCGAAGUCUAAGGACCCAAGUUCAAUUCAUCAGUACCCACAUAAGCCAGAUGCACAAGGUGGUGCAUGCGUCAAAUUUGUGUGCAGUGGCUAGAGGCCCAGCAUGCCCAUUCUCUCUCUCUCUCUCUCUCUCUCUCUCUCAUGAAAAGAACAUUUAAUUUUUACAGCUUAUUGGUAAUAAAAACAAAAGGGAAAGUUUAGAAAUGUAAACCACCAUCAGCUUUUGUGUUACCUCACCAUACAGGGAGUUCAACUUGUAUCGCCAUUUAAGUCAAAAGAUUGCUAACUUUGAAGUUCUAAGGCUACGAUUCUGGUGAAAAAUAUCUUUUUGGUGGAACUUCAGUGGUGUGUGGUAGUUAGAUAGCCAUGGAAAAGGAACACCCCACUUCCCACUGGGAACCACUGCACCCCCUAAGCAGGAUGUGGUCUUGUGGCCCAGCUUUGGGUGUAAGACAGCCGUGUCAACUAUAGGGUUUCCAGGACCAGCUGAACACGGAAGUUUAGGCGUUCUAGCUGAUGAUGUAUCUGUGGUCACAGCCAUCCCCAGUCAGCUGACUUUGAUCCCCUUCCCCUUCUUCCCAGGCCAUUUGACUAAUGUCCAUCUGCUGUCCCAUGGCUCAGACUCUUCCUUACGUGCUUCUGCUCUCAAAGUUCACACAGAACUGAUGCUUUUAAAAUGUGGUCUACAAAAGAAGUAUCAAUCAAGAGUACCAUUGUUUAAAUUGAACUGCCUUUUUCUAUUCUUUAUAUAAACUAUUUGUAUUGUGUUGGCCUAACAAGCCAUUAUCUUAAAACGUUUUUUAAAAGAAAAGAAAUUCUCCCAUAGCACUUAAGAGAUAUUCUGUAAAAAGAAAAAACAAAAACAAAAAAAAAAAACUUUGUUGUAAAGAGUUUUGUAAUAAAAUGGUCUAAGGGCUCUUUUUUCAACAUUACCAUUUAAAAAAAAAAAGUUUUAAAAGCUAGAAGACAACUUAUGUAUAUUCUGUAUAUGUAUAGCAGCACAUUUCAUUUAUGGAAAUAUGUUCUCAGAAUAUUUAUUUACUAAUAUAUUUAUCUUAAGCCAUGUCUUAUGUUGCGAGUGUGACAUUGUUGAAAUAAUCAUUGAAAAUGACUAACAUGAGGCCCUGUAAAUACAUGAUAAUUGCACACAGAUUUUACAUAUUUGCAGACCAAAAAUGAUUGAAAACAAGUUGUAGUCUUCUAUGGUUUUGUAACAAAUUGUACAAAUGACUGUAAAAAAAGAAAUACAAUUUUAUCAAGUA